AUGGCUGACGAUUGGAGGCCCGCGCUUGGUUUCACAGAUCGGCUAACAGUAAUUCAAUCCAUCACAUCUGCCUAUCGCAAUGCCUCGCCUUCUGCAAGCUUCACAGAAGCUCAAUCGCACGCCAAGCGGUACGAGAGUGAAGCAUACAGCAAGGCAGCUUCCAAGGGCGAAUACGAUCAACUAUGGCAGCAAGCAAUUGACGAAGUUGAGGCGCAACAUUCAGUUGCUCCUGUGAUCGAUAGCCCACAUUAUAGUCCCGAUCAAGGAGAAGAGCAAUACCCAGAGGGUACUACUACGGUUGGUAAAUAUCAACACUGCCGACACCAUGCCGACGGGCUACUUUCUACCAUCUACCGCACCAAAAACGAUGAUGGCCUAUUACUUGCGUUAAAAGUCACCACCCCGCAUCUCAUGGGUCCCCCUCAUGAUUCUAAGCGCGAGCUGCGGUUGCUGAAGGAGGCGGCGAGCUCGCAUGUUAUCCCAUUGCUCGAAGCAUUUGACUUGCCGGGCGGACAAUUGAUAUUGGUCUUCCCAUACAUGCAAUCAAAUUUUGACGAGCUCCUUCAUCAAGAUGUGUUAACACCCUUGCAAGUCAGGUCCCAUCUCCGAGAUCUGUUCACUUCCCUAGCACAUGUGCAUAGCCUGGGUAUCAUACAUCGUGAUGUCAAACCCUCUAACAUACUGUUGAAAAGCCCUGCGGGGCCAGCGUACUUAGCUGACUUCGGAAUCGCAUGGAAAGACGGUGAUGCAGGCUCUGAACCGAAGACGCGGAAAAUUACCGAUGUUGGAACAACCUGUUAUCGGCCGCCAGAGCUUCUCUUCGGUUCAAAGGAUUACAACACGACAUUGGAUAUGUGGGCAGCUGGUUGCGUGGUAGCAGAAGCUGUGGAUAUAAAUCAUCGCCAGGUGUUUGACGCAGGACCUCUCGGCAGUGAGCUUGCACUGAUACAGUCGAUAUUUAAGACUUUGGGAACACCAGACAGCUCCGUGUGGCCAGAAUCUGCGAGGUUGCCAGAUUGGGGGAAAUUUGAAUUUCAUAAAUACCCUGCCAAGCCAUGGGAAGAGAUACUCAAGGGAGCUUCUUCUCAUAGCCGUGACCUGGUCAGCCAGUUAAUCUGUUAUGAGAGCUCUUCAAGGUUGACAGCGCUACAGGUAUGGUUCGGUUUAUUUGUUAUUAAUUAG